CGGACGUUUCCAUGGAGACCGAGGCGGGCUGUGCGGAGGCCUUCGGCGUUGCUAUGGAGACCGGCGCAGCAGGCUCGGCGCUGGAGGUUCAGCACCACGGAGAGCGGCGCUCGGGCACUGCUGCAGCCUCGGCCGCCAGGUGGGAUCCUCGGAGACAUUACCUGCUCAUCGUCAUCGGGGACAUCGCCACCGAGAGCCAGCUGCAGGCGGUGAGGGAUCACCUGGAGCACGGAAUCCGCUCAUGGAAUAUCAGCCUCGGCUCCUGUGACCUGGACGCACAGCUCAAACUCUUUGUUACCCGCCAUCUUGCUCACUUUUCUCCAGAUGUCAAAGGCCAAAGAACUCUACAGCAUCAAAGUGAUGUCCUAGAGACAGUGAUCUUGGUGAAUCCCAAUGCUGAAAGCAUUGUUCAUGAGGUACGCUCCUUGAUCACGGAUCCUUCUGCCUACAAACUACUCAUCUUAAGUGGUCAGUGUUCAGACCAAGAAGGAGAUUUAAUUCUACAAAGUGGCACUUUUCCCCUUCGAAGACUUGGAGAGGUGUUCAGUGACCCGGAGGUUUGUCAGCUUUUCAGUAACACUGAUCCAGAGAUCAAGGCUUCUUUAACGGUUUCUUGUUUGGAAGAAGGUGAUUGGUGCAACCUUGGACAUUCCAAUUUCCAGGAUAUCAUCAGUUUAAAGCUCAAUCCUGAACCAGUCUUACCUGCAAUGGAUGGGGUUUCGGAAUUUGCAGAUUAUGUCUCAGAGACUGUUGAUGUUCCUUCUCCUUUUGAUCUCCUGGAGCCACCCAAUUCUGGCGGUUUUUUGAAACUGUCAAAGCCAUGUUGUUACAUAUUUCCUGGUGGCAGAGGAGACUCUGCCCUUUUUGCUGUUAAUGGAUUUAAUAUUCUAGUAGAUGGUGGAUCUGAAAGGAAAUCCUGCUUUUGGAAGCUAGUUCGGCAUUUAGAUAGGAUUGACUCCAUAUUGUUGACACAUAUUGGAGCAGAUAAUCUACCUGGAAUAAAUGGACUUCUUCAAAGAAAGAUAGCUGAACAAGAUGAAGAACAAUCUCAGGGCUCUACUGCUUAUAGUGACUGGAUGAAGAACCUAAUAUCCCCAGAGCUUGGGGUUGUGUUCUUCAAUGUACCAGAUAAGCUUAAAAUGCCUGAAUCUGGUAUGAAGGUUAAAAGAAGUAUUGAAGAAGCUUGUCUAACAUUACAACACUUAAAUAAAUUAGGAAUAAAAGCAGAGCCUUUGUACAGGGUAGUGAGCAACACAAUAGAGCCCAUAACAUUGUUUCAUAAAAUGGGUGUUGGUAGGUUGGAUAUGUAUGUGUUAAAUCCAGUGAAAGACAGCAAAGAAAUGCAGUUUUUAAUGCAAAAAUGGGCUGGAAACAGCAAAGCAAAAACUGGCAUAAUUCUAGCAAAUGGCAAAGAGGGUGAAAUUUCAGUACCAUAUCUUACAUCCAUCACUGCCCUAGUAGUCUGGCUCCCAGCAAGCCCCACAGAAAAAAUAGUACGUGUUUUGUUUCCUGGAAAUGCACCACAAAAUAAAAUUCUUGAAGGUCUUGAAAAGCUUAAGCAUUUAGAUUUCUUGAGGUAUCCGGUUGCAACACAAAAGGACAUUUCUGCUGGUGGUCCACCAUCUAUUGGUAAGCACACCAAAAUCAAACAAAGGGCCGACAGCAAAGAAAGUCUCAAAUCCUCUACAAGACCAAGCACAGGUAAACCAAGUAAAAGGGAAGACAUUUCGGAAGAGGUGGUCAAGGAAGUUAAAUCAGAGAUCACAAAAGAGGCCAAAACUGAGAAAAAGGUUAAAGAGGCUUUAGACAAACAUACUGAAAAACCUUCAAAGAUUGAAAAGACAAAAACAGAAUCAACUGAUUCUGCAAAAGCUGAAAAGCGGAAACUUUUGAAAGAGAAAACAGGUAAGAAGUCUAUCAAGGACAAGAUUUCUAAACUUGAUGAAAAAAAAGACAAAGAGAAAAAAGAAAUAAAGAAAGAAAAAAUUGAUAUCAAGAAAGAAAAUGUUAAAAAGGAAGAAAAGAAAGAUGUAAAAAAAGAAGAGAAAAAAAGAGAAGUUAAACCUGAAAUUAGGAAAGUACCCAAGCCUGACUUACGACCGUUUACACCUGAAGUAAGAAAAACGCUACAUAAAGCAAAAGUUCCAGGAAAAAUUAGGACUGAAAAAAUAAAAAGUAAAGCAGAGAAAGAUGCUAUAUCAGAACAAAAAGUAAGUCGCGUACAACAAGUUCCCAUAGGAAAGCCCCCACAGAUGGCUGAUAUAGCAGAACAAAGAUCAGUUAUGUCAUCUCCUGAAGAUCUAACCAAAGAUUUUGAGGAGUUGAAGUUUGAAGGAAAACUGGAGCAGCUCAAUGAAAAACAAGAGGAUGCUAUUCUUUUAGAAAAUGAUACUAUUAAAGACCUACCAUCAGAUAUGUUAGUUAUACAAAAUCAGUUCAAAGAUGAAAAUGAAAUAGAAGAGAUGACAUCUGAUAAAAAAAGCCCUAUUGAGUCUCCAGAUGAGGGUAUUACCACUACUGAUGUGGAGGGGGACUCACAGCAUGAAGAGAAGCCAUUGUACAAAAUAGAUGACACAAAUGAACUGGUAGAUGAAGGUGCAGCAAUGGAUGAACCUGCUGAAAUGGCAGAAUAUGAGGAAGAAGUAGCAACAGAAGAAGAGAAUGAGAUCACACCAGAAGUGGAAAAUAGAGUGUUGGGGAGAAGCAGGUUAGAAUCUAUGCCAACUUUGGACAUACAAGACUUGGAAACUGAUGAAGAUAAAGAAAAUGAGUUGGAUGAAAAGGGCAUUUUGGAUAGAAAGCAAAAGGAAGAAAUAAAUGAGCGGUGUGAAGAUGAUUAUGUCAGUAAAAAAGAGAAAGAUGAAAAGGAAACAGAGAAGAGCAUAGAGGUGGUAGAAAAAGCUGAUGUAGAAGAAAUGGAGGAAUAUGUAGAAGAAGCUGAAGAUAAACUGAAAUGUAAGGACAGUGAGUUUAGAGAACAAUUAAAUGAAAAAGAAGAAAAUAUGUCAUGCGAUUUUACAAUGUCACUAAAAAAGGAGACAGAUACAUCAAAUCUUUAUGGAAAAGAUGCAGAAAAGGAGCCCUCAUACCUGGCUGGUGUCCCUUUGUCAUCUGGAACUGCUGCGGAGCACAUAUCAUACAUCCAAGAUGAAACUAUGCCUGGCUAUUCAGAAACUGAGCAGACAAUUUCUGAUGAAGAAAUACAUGAUGAGCAGGAAGAAAGAAUUCCUCACCUACAGUAUGAUGUAGGAAGUUAUGAUAUUUCGGUUCCAGAUCAUCCUGGAUCAUUUGAUGCAAUACAUGGUAUUAUGGCUAUACCUUCUUCUGAGGUGACUGUGAAGGGGUAUGGAGUACAAGGGCCUGAAAUAGUGGGUUAUUCCACUAACAUUGUUGCAGCACCUCUUGCCGAAGAGGAACACGUUUCUUCAGCAACAUCGAUUACUGAAUGUGACAAACUAUCUUCGUUUGCCACAUCUGUUGCAGAAGACCAGUCUGUUGCCUCUAUUACUGCACCAAAAACAGAAGAGACAGGCAAAAGCUCCUUGCUUCUUGACACUGCCAACAGCAUUCCCUCUUCCCAUACUGAAGCUACCCAGGGAAUUGAGUAUUUACCAUCUGCUGGUACAAUAUCACCAACCUCUUCUCUUGAAGAAGAUAAGUGCUUCAAAUCUCCACCUCCAGAAGAUUUUCAGGCAAUGAUUGCUUCUGCUAAAAGUCAUCUCUAUGAGAGCUGUCUUGCAGAGGUGGAGGAAAGCAACCAAACUACAGAUAUUGGUGCAAUAGAUGAAAGAAAUUACAGCUCUGUUUUAUUUUCUGAGCAUGAGCAAGCUGAUAUCCAAUAUACAUAUGGCAUGGAUAUGAAGUUCUCCUCUUCUGUUCCUUGUGGUGAAUCAGAGAAAGUUGACUCCAUCUUUGCAGAGACUGAGGAAAGAUGUUUGAGUCCUGAUGACAGUACUGUUAAAAUGGCAUCUCCAACUCAGUCUGGGCCUACAAGCACAGGACACACACCCUUCCACCAGUCACCUAUUGAGGAUCGAUCUGAGACUACACAAGCUGAACUCUUUGAAGCAGCAGAUAUACUUACACAUGCAGAAGAUGUGAAAGAUGAAGUACAUGACAAAUAUGAAUUAUAUGAAAAAAGCACAGAGCAGCAUUAUAAAUCAAAAGAAGUGCCUUCUCAAACUGCAGAGCAGGUGACUGUAUCAGAAACCCUUAAAUCAAAAGAGCCAGCAUACACCAGAGAUCAAGAUUAUGAUGAUUUUACCAAUGAAACAUUGCCAGCAAUGAAAGAAAUAAUCCAGAGUGUGGAAGAGGAAGUAAUGGAUAAAAACAUUGACCUUUCUCCAUUCUGUGAGCUUCCUACAGAGCCAGUGAUAUCAAUGGGUUCUAGACCAUACAUGCAGCUUGAAGAAACAGUUGCAUCUAAGGAAAUAUCCCAUGAAGACUGGAAAUCUUCACAUGUCCAAGAAACCGAGACUGAUCUAUUCCAGUCAGUGUCACCCAAACUGAUGCCAGAGUAUGCAGAUUAUGUUGAUAUUAAAGACCAAAAGCUUGGAAAAGAUGAAAUGUCACCUGUGAGUUGUAGUCAGGAUAUUUUCUUAGGAGAUGCUAAGUCACUUUCCUUCACAGAACAAGGAAAAGAAGAUGACACCUCCUUACAGAUGUCGUUAAUAGAGCAAAGUCCAAUUGUAAAUGAAACCUAUCAAGAUAGUCCAACAAAAGAAACAUAUUUGGAUAAUGAAAGUUCUUUGCAGUUUAAAGAUCAAACUGAAAAAAAAGAAACAAGAUGUGUGUCUGAUGAAAUGUCACAGGGAUAUGUGGAAUCUUUGCUAUCCACACAGGAAAGCUUUGAGGAUGAUCAAAAACAUCUAGAAGAGGCUCCUGAAACACAUUUUCAAGAUCAGUUUCAGCCUCUCCCUCUCCAUACUACAGAACCUAGAGAGGAUAAAGAAACCCUUUCCGAGGAAUCAUCUGUGGGGAAGAUACAUGCAUAUCACCUUGAAGAACCAGUAUUGCAUAAGGAACAAUUUUCAGUAAUUUCCUCUUCAAGCCCUGAUGAAUCGGAUUCACUAUCUUUUGCAGAUCACAGUGCUCUUAAAGAAACUGAAUCAGUAAAAAUAAGCCCUUAUAAAGAACCAUGCCAAGAUUAUCCAGAUGUAGAAUUUUCUCUAAACUAUUUAAAAUCUGUAGAUUCUACAGAAAGCACAGAGGAAAAUAAGAGUUCCUCAAAGAUGUUUGAGAAGGACAUAUAUUCAGAAAAGGAAAUUAAUAAUGAAUGUUCCACUGAAACAGAAGAUGACGAUCUUAAACAACUAAACUCAGAUAAGAAGAUAUGGUUCACAGGGGCAAAAGAAGUAAAAGAAAUAGAAUAUGUUAAAAAAGAAAGCAAGCUACGAUAUACUGAAGAAGGUGAGAGCACCUUCCUUGAUGAUGUUCCUGACUGGGAGGAGCAGUUGGCCUCAAAUUUAGAGGAUUCAGAACAGUCAACACCUGAUAGAGUAGAGAGGGAUAUUUUAGAUACAGAAUAUGCACAUUUCCAAGAGGAUAAACAUAUAGACCCUUUGCAGGAGUCUUCUUACAUAUCUGCUGAAACUCAUCUCACUGAUGACAAGGUAUCACCUGCUGAAUCUGUCCUGCAACAAGAAACAACAUUUCAAUCGGAUGAAACUGACCUCUUGGAUAAACUGUCCUAUGUCACAACAUCUUCACCCAUUGAUGCUUUAUCAGACAGGAAAGAUGGAGCAAAUGACCCUAUAUUCCAUCAAGAUGGCAUUACAGAAAAAAUAAAGGAAACUUCCUUACCUGUAGCAAAGGGGUUUGAAGACCAUGAUUCACAAGAGGAAGAAGAGUAUCCAUAUUCACAACCUGUCUUUCAUACAAGAUUAUCACCUGCUGAAUCUGUCUUGCAACAAGAAACAACAUAUCAAUCGGAUGAAACUGACCUCUUGGAUAAACUGUCCUAUGUCACAACAUCUUCACCCAUUGAUGCUUUAUCAGACAGGAAAGAUGGAGCAAAUGACCCUAUAUUCCAUCAAGAUGGCAUUACAGAAAAAAUAAAGGAAACUUCCUUGCCUGUAGCAAAGGGGUUUGAAGACCAUGAUUCACAAGAGGAAGAAGAGUAUCCAUAUUCACAACCUGUCUUUCAUACAAGAUUAUCACCUGCUGAAUCUGUCUUGCAACAAGAAACAACAUAUCAAUCGGAUGAAACUGACCUCUUGGAUAAACUGUCCUAUGUAACAACAUCUUCACCCAUUGAUGCUUUAUCAGACAGGAAAGAUGGAGCAAAUGACCCUAUAUUCCAUCAAGAUGGCAUUACAGAAAAAAUAAAGGAAACUUCCUUGCCUGUAGCAAAGGGGUUUGAAGACCAUGAUUCACAAGAGGAAGAAGAGUAUCCAUAUUCACAACCUGUCUUUCAUACAAGAGUUUCUUGCCAUGAUAGUGAUUUUGUUGAAAAGAAAUGUGAUCUUCAGCUUGGCAGGGAUACUGUAAAUGUAUUAGAUAAAUAUGAACAUUCUCUAGUCGAGGAAUCAAGUGAUAAUGCCUAUGAAGAAAUUUUAAAACAGAAAUAUGAACGAUAUGAAUAUUGCACGGAGCAAGAAUAUGUGGAAACAUCAUACCAAGAGACUCCAGCAUUGUCUAAAGUCACUACUGAGUAUAGUUUGGGAGACAAACUAGAUAACACAAAAGGCGAUUUGCUUUCAAAACGGGACAAAAAACUUUCUCCAUCUUCACUGGACUAUCCUACAGAUUCCAGCUUUACAUCAUCUCAUAGUCAAUUUGAGUCCAGUGCACAAGAAAGAGAAAUAUAUUGUUCUACAAAAAAAGUUGAAGAACGGGAACCAACACCUUAUCCAGGUGACAAAUCAUUUCAGUAUGCAGAUAUAUAUGAGAAGAUUGCUGUUUCCGGAGUUGGACACAUCAUGGAAGAGACUGAGCCAACAAGUGCUAGUUAUCUAGAGAAAGAAAAGUCAACUAUUCCUUCUGUUGAUGCAGUAUCUACAAGCAUACAGUGUCAUAAAAUUUCCUUAAAGGAGGAGGAGUCGCAUUUAUAUACAUUAAGAGAAAAGGAACUCUCUUCACCAAUGUCUCCUAAAGAGAAAGGAGGCCGCUCAACAUUUGAGUACACAGAAACACAACAUGAUUUAGCAAGCUCAGGCAUUGAUAAAAAGUCAAGUAUUAGAUCAGUCGGUAAUGAAAAAUUAGACACGGAAAUGUCAUUUGAAAAGAUACAAGAACAAAAAGUAGAUGAUCAGUUUGAAUUAUCACCCAGCUGCAUGGAUCUUUCACAACAAUCAGAUACAAUAGAACACCAAGAUAUGGCUGUUUCAUACCUCCAUGCUUCACAAAACAAUGAUGGUAACAUCAAUUUAGCUAGUCAGAAUGUUGCCCUUUCUGAAAUAAGACCUGUUGAAGUUAAAGAUUCUUAUUAUGAAAAAACAGACACGUGGGAAGAAAAUGCAAGUGAUUCUGAAUUGGAGAAAGGAGCCAAAGAGAAGUCAGAAAAGGAGACAAAGGAUCCCAUUCUGCAUGCAGAUAUAGAAAGGCCAUACGAAACAUACACAUUUGAUGAUGUUAAAGAAAGGAAUGACUUGGCUAAUUUUAGUAUUCUUUCUGAACACAAAGAUGUAGAAAUAGAACACUUUAAUGUUCAGGCUGGAGCAAAAACUGUGGAAUUAAUUGGAGCUCAAACUGUUGAACAUUCUUUACUGGGAAGAACAGAACACAGCUUUCAUGAAGACGAACAAAAAGAGCAGAGGGACGAUAGCGAAAUGGAUUACACAUACUCUCCUUUCAAGUUACAAAGUGAUUUUACAAAGGAUUUACCUGAAUCUCAAUUCCAGAUAGAUUACCACCAGAAAGAAGCUAUUAUUGAAUCCCAUGAAGCAGAUUCAUUUUUAGAAAGUGGUGUUUUAUGUGGUAAGGACAAGAAGCAAUCUUUUGGAGUUGCAGAAAGUGCAAUCUCAGCUACUGAAUCUGAGUAUUCAUCUGGAAUGUUUUUAGUUACAGAAAAAGAGAUUGAAGGUUUGGCAUCUUCUACAUCAUACAAACCACAUUAUGACUCUUUGUCAUUUUCAGAGUCUAAAGAAUUAGGUGCAGAUGCCUUAGUUGCAUCACUUAAAGGACAGAACGAAUACCUUGAGGUUUCUGAAAGAGCUUGCAAAAAAGAUUCCUUCUCUUUAACCCAUUUCUCACCACUAGGCCCAUCUGAAGAUAAUCCUUUAUAUUCAAAAGUUUCAAGUCAACAAUACACAGAAGCAGAUUACCAAAAAGAUUCUCACAGUGCAUCAGAAACAUCCUCUGAAGCUAGCACGCCAGUAAAAAAAGACACUGCUGAAGGAUUUUACUCACAUAUUGUUAGCAGUUAUUCGUCAGAUACUGAGCCAGCAGUCAGGAAUCUGUGGGAUGUAUCUCCUCUUGUUCCAGCUGAUGCUGCCAAACCCUGUAUACCAGGGGAAAGGGAUGCCACUGAUGAUCAUGAGUCUGCAAGCUCCUAUGAUAUGGAUGACUGUACAUUGCCUUGUAGAAUUGAAUGCAAAGGAACACCGUGCACUUCAAAAACGGAGACUGUUAAAGACAUUUUUAGUGGCCAUAUAUCACCUGCACAGGCAGAAAAUAUGGAUGGCAUUUCCACAAUUUCUAAUGUGUUGACUUCAUUUCCACCCCAUCAACAAGAAGAACUGUCAGCAGCAAAUGGUCCCACAGAGGUUCACACAAUGCCGGAAUUAUUUCAACAUUCACAGUAUGUUGAAAAGGAGUUCUACUCUUCAGAUAAAAUGGGUGAAAAAGCAUCUCCAGAUUCUGAUAGAGACUCUCCAUACUCUGAGGAAGAUACAGAAAUACCAAACCGGCCCUCUUCUCUUGUGUCUCCUGACCACACAUUCCAACCUUACUUUCCAGAUACACAAAAAGGUAGAGGACCUGAAGAUCAUGGAGAUGCUUCCCAUGAGCAUGAGCCAUGCCUAGGAACAUCAAGUGAGUAUGAGCACAAAAUAUCCUCCUCUGAGUACUUACACAAGAAAGGUGAACUCUCUCCAUCUUUUAUAAACCCUAGCCCGCUUGACCUGUCAGAUGAUAGUGAUGUGUCACAAGAUGAGGGUCAUCCUUCAGUUAAGGGAAGGUCUCAUCAUGGGUCAACCCGUCAUGUUCAGGGGACCACUGCUGAGGAAACACCUCCAACAUCUGUUAGCGAUUCUAGAUCCUCCCAAUCAGAUUCUGAUGUUCCACCAGAAACUGAAGAAUGUCCAUCAAUAACAGCUGAUGCAGCAAUGGAUUCUGAUGAGGAUGCGGACUUCCUUCCUGUAGAUAAAGCAGUGGGAAAUUCUCACCACAGCAGUUCAAGGCAAGGUCACGAUCCACAUCCAGCUCCAAUGAUGGAUCCCUAUCCUCAUCCUCCACAUCCUGAUGUCUGUAUGGUAGACCCUGAAAUGUUAGUAAAUGAUUUAACACUGGGUAAAGGAGAAAAACUGCUCAAAAAAGAUCUAAAGGAGAAAACUAAAGGUGUUAGAAAAUCUUUAAAUAAACCCAAAUCUACUUCGCCUGCUAGGAAGCUGGAAUCUAAAGUAAAACAUUCUCCAACACCAUCAAAGCAGACAUCACGAGAGACAACAGACAAAUCUUCAAAGCAUACAACAGCAAGGAAGGAAACAACAGAGAAAUCUCAAAAAUCAAAAACUUCAUUGCAGACCCAUUCCUCUAGGGGAGAAGACAAAGACGACUUUUCUAGAAGCAGUAAUCCUAGCAAGCUGGUAAACGGCAUCAAAUCUACAGGUACAAGCAGCUCAACUAAGUCAAGCUCUUCUAUUCCUCCUGGCCCACCUGUCUAUGUGGAUCUGGCAUACAUUCCUAAUCACUGCAAUAGCAAAAAUACUGAUAUGGAGUUUUUUAAAAGAGUUCGAGCUGCGUAUUAUGUUGUAAGUGGCAAUGAUGCAGCCAACGGAGAACCAAAUCGAGCUGUACUUGAUUCGCUUCUGGAAGGAAAGGCCCAAUGGGGAGAGAAUUUACAAGUGACACUAAUCCCAACCCAUGACACCGAAGUGACACGUGAAUGGUACCAGCAAACCCAUGAGAAGCAGCAGGAGCUUAAUAUAAUGGUGUUAGCUAGCAGCAGUACUGUGGUGAUGCAAGACGAAUCCUUCCCAGCAUGCAAAAUAGAAUUCUAAGGAUCACAGCAGUCAUAGUGUGUCUAUGUGUAUGUUGUGUUUAGGUGUGUGUCCAGGUUCUUUCUACAGAUCUGGAUUGUUGCGGUCCACCUUGGCAAACACUGUCAACUGAAUAUCCAGCAUCUCUUUAGCUGGUUAGGAUUUGUAUUGGUAACAUAUCUACCGAUGUUGGAUGUCUGUGACACACGCAGCUUUUAUUUUUCUUCACGACAAGACCGUUACGGCAAACUCUUUUCGUUUGCUAUAUGUUGCCGUUAUCUGUGUAAUUUUUGUUACAUUUUCAUGCAUUGCCAAUUAUCAGCAGAAAGAAAGAUAACGCCAAUAAUGUAUGAUAACAGCAGCAAGGGAUUAUUUAUAUAGAAGCAUUAAUGAAUAUUGUCUUAGCAGCCACGAUCAUUCAAGAUAUUUGGGUUAAGGGAGGUCAGUUACUGGCAGAACAUACAGCCAUUAGAUAUUAUAACAUGAUUUCUGAUGGCAGUUGAGACUCGGUUAUGUAGUGAAAUAUACUGUAAAUAGAUAACUACCGGUACUUGUUUAUUUUAAUUUAUCAAUCUAGGAUUGUAAGUCUGGAUCAAAAACCAGAGGACAGGUCUGGAAUGUUCUCAGAUACAUAAAGCAUAUGGAUUACAUCCACACAUGAGAAGAUACAUUGGUUCCAUAGUCAGAAAGCAGCGAGUCGGCUAGGGACAUACUAAUGCUGAGCUUUGAAACCCUAGGGUAUGAUCUGCAUAAGACGGGUUUGUUAGGGCUGUUUGGAUACAGUAUGUAGUUAAUAAAGUAAUUUUUAUCUGGGAGUGUUUCCCAUAGACUUUCCAGAAAAAUAUCCUAAAAGUUCUUAUUAGUUGUAUGAGUAUAGUAGCAUAAAAUUAUGUGCGACAGACUGAACAAAAUUUGGGCAUUGCUCAAUCAUAGAAUGUGGAGCAUAGACCCCUAAAAUGUACAUAGCCAUGAAAUCGCUAGUGAUAAACUAGAAUGAGAGGCCUUGGAGCUAACUCUAUAUACACUGUUAUAUGGCCCUGUUUUUCAGGUCCUGCCCUAGGUGCCCAUUCAGAGCAAUGAAGCUAAGUCCCUGGAAGCAGUUGGCAACCUUGUGGAUAGUCUGCAUGAAUGUGAUAGCUGCAAUGAAAGAUAAAGUUAAGGUUUCCCGUAGAUUUAUAAACACCAGAAUACCGCCAUCCUAUUUUUAUAAAUUAAACUCAGACUGCUGACUUAAUAUUUUCUUUGACACUGCUGAAUUGCCUAUAUUAUACUGCACCCGGACCCAUGUUAUGGUGGUUAUCAGUUUAUACCAAUUGGCUUAUACCACCAUUUUAUACGCAUAUGCAGAAAUAAAAAACGUGUAAUAUGACAUGGAGAACCAUUUAUAUUUUUCAGUGAUUUAUCUCAGCUUCCAGGAAGGCUAUGAUCAACAUGUUUACUGGUAGUGUCAGUAGAUGGUAGUUUGACUGUCAUAUAAAAUUAAGCUUCGGUAUUCUACUUAUCUAUAAUCCUGUAACCUGCUUGGUUAGAACACUUGAUUUCCUUUGGCUCCUCCAUUGUACACAGCUGAUCGCUCACUCAGGCUUAUUUAAUAAGGACGAAGGUCAAAGUGCUGUGACAUAUAGCAAUCACGUAGAAUGUUUUUUUUUUUUUUACAGUGGUCUGACUUGCUUAAAACAACAUGUGAUCUUCAAUUUGGUCUUUUCUUUGCCUUACUGAAUAAGUCCGAUAGUGUGAUUGUGAUGUACCUCUUGAUGUGCUUUCUUGCAGUGGGGACAUGCCCUAGGGAUCGCCUAGCGGGCAGCCCACAUACAAAACAUUAAAUAAGAUAAAGUGAAUGUUGGGUAUUUAUCACUUACUAUUAUUCUUGCUCAUAUCAGCUGUAUAGGUGGUAGAUCCACAAAGCUUAAGAACAUUAUCAGAUCUUUUUAUUUCACCGACCAUAGAAGCUGCUACACAAAUAAAAACAUUUUUAUAGCUUGUUUGUUUACAUUUUAGAUUUUGUUGGCUGCUCUAGGGAGCUACCUGCCUUACACAACAGAACACAUUUCUUUAUUGCUGAACAAACCAUUUAUAUAUCAAUGGUGUAUUUUGCUGUCUAAUUUAUAUAUUUAUUUUUAUUGUCAGAACUAAGCUAUGUGUUAUUAAUUUAUGGGUCUAACAGUAGGCGAUGUUUGUAUGUUUUUUUUUUUUUUUUUAGGUCAAGCUAUUUAGAUGCAUCUAACCUUUAGUAUAAUCUAUUGAUUAUCGUACUGGUCUUGGCAAUAAGCCAAUUGCUUAUUAAUGGGUAUAUAAUUUUAUAGGCUGUUAAUUGUUCUUUAACACACAGAGCUCUAAAGGGAAAUUACCCAUAGUCAAGACUUAGAGAAUUAUAGGUAUGUAAUUUUAUCUGUGUGUAGUCAUACUGUUGCUUUUAAUAGUAUGGAAUUAUGUUUUAGUCAAUUUUUUGCACUAGUUGUCCAUACUCUACAAAUCGAAUAUCACCCCUCGCGAUUUUGCACAUAUAAAAUUAAGUCCUUAAAUAAAAUUAUCUUGCUUUUUUUUUUGUUCCAUGGUGACUCCUAGGCCAACUUGUGGAAAUAUAAAUACAGGAUGUACCAUAACAUGAAAUGUUUUUUUUUCUCCAGAUUUUGUAAGAACAGAUCCAAGUAAAGGAUUUUCGGAGUGGUGAUUUCUUGAAAGUUCAUACUCUUCUUAUCUAACCAAGUGUCUGUGAUAUGUUUGCUAUCGAUUGCCUGGCAGUGGUUAUUUAGUGUUAUGAUAUGAGCUGACUGUGCUGUAGUAAUAAUGCAAAGUGAUACAGAUAGGAUUGGUGUGUAAUGGGACUGGGGAGGGUCAGUCCUCAGCUGUCAUGUUGUAUUAUCACAAGAUAGCUACAUCCUGACCAUCCCUUGUGAUUAGUAUACUAUGUAUGUGUAAGGACCUGUAGGCUAAGACCCAACAAACCAAAAGAAUGACAUAUAAUAUCCAAAGUAAAGUUACUAGAAUGGAAUGACUUUGUUGUUUUGAAUGUUUUUAGAUUUUUAUUAAGAUGGCAACCAGGUGUCUUUUCUAAAAUGUGUUUGCAACUGUCUAUUAUUUUGUUACACGCUUUUAGGCAUUUUACCCCAAGUCCCUGUCUUCUUUUAGUGCUGAGCUAAGGGAAAAAAAAUGCACAUUGUAUCAGCACUACACUGUACUGGAAUGUAAUGCUUGAUUUCUUUUAAUGAAGCUAAAUCUUAAAGUAUGCAUGCGUUAUGUUCUCUGCAUAUGGCUGUUAGAUUUUGUUGAAUCUGCUUAUAUGUUCCAUUUUUAUUAAUGUGGAUGCUUGACCUACAAGCCCCACCUACUUGCUGCAAUGCUUGUGGCUCUAAGCCAGUAGCAUAGGUGCCUGGAUGCCUAGCGCACAGUCAUUUCCUUUGAUCACAUCCAUACGGGUGUCUAGGCAGAAUAGAUAAUGCACUAAAAAGAAAUGAGCUAUGAAUGUUUCUAUUUCUCUUAAACUUGAAAGCUAAUACAAAAAAAAGACCAAGAAACAGGAUAACCAUGGUCACUAAGAAACCUGCCUUGCACAUGACAAUACUGAAUGGAAACACUUAUACACCGCAAUGAUGUUAUGAAUAAGAAUGUACACAGACCUUAGACAUUUUCCCUUUAUUACUGUGCAUUGAAAAGUUUGAUUUUUGUGAUUCCCCUUUAAAUAGUUGACCAAUAACAAGAAUAGUAAACCUACAACAGACUACCAAAUAGAGCUUCUCAUUGCUGCCUUUUGAUGCGUAUUAGUAGUUUUGUAGCAGAGUCAAACCUAGGUUCUCAGCUAUUGCUAAAUUUUUGUUUAAUCUGACAAUAGCUAUAGGGCCGGCGUUGGUGCCCUGCAUAAAGGGAACAACUCAAAGUCAUCCAAGGUCAAUCUCAUGAUUUCGCCCUCCUAACCAGACAACACGGGCAGAGACUAUAUUUGCUAACAUGUAUCACAAAUAAAUGCAGAAUCUCUGUAAAUCCAUUACUACCAUUACAACGUAACAUAUAGGCGAUAUAUAAAUAUAGAAACAUUUAAAAUCAGCUGUUGCUUGUUUCUGCAUGUGGACUACAAUGAGUUAUACCCCUGUAUGUAAUAGGUGAAACAAAAGAAUAAAUAACUAUUUUACAAAAUAUAUAAAAAAGUGAACAUGUCUUAAUUGUAUUGAAAAUUGCAACCUGUAUUCCUGAUAGCUUCUUUCUACGUUGGAUGUUGUAUAAAUAAGACCCCCGACUUUUUCAUUAUUUUCCUUUAAUGUUUCUGCAGCGUUACUAAGAAACUUGUUUUUCUUUUUUUAUUAUUUGUUCUCUACUUCUGUUUCUUAAUGUCCCCUUUUCUGUGUGCAAUAUUCUGUCAUUUUGAAUUUCUGUAAAUGGAAAACGCCUGAAACUCUAACAAUAAAAUGACAUGAAUAGGUC